CGCGGAAACGGGUUAGAAAGGGUGCGUCACCCCUUGUGACGUAACGAUGGACGUCAUGACGCUUGCGAGGGACGUUCCGCGGACACCUGCUGCAGGAAAGGCGGUUGUACGGCAGGUCUUCCAUGAUGGCGGCCCUCACAAAAAUCCCCUAACGGGCGCCGCCAUACUUCGUCGUAGUGUCUUCGUCUCAAAGCCCUUAAAGCGGGAACAGAAUCUUCGUCUUGGAAGGUCGCCCCGGGGGUGGUUGGCAGCCUGCAGACUCUGAUGUCAGGGAAGUUACACCUGACCAGUGAGGAAUUGCUGAUACUGGAGGAUGUGGCCGUGGACUUCACCUGGGAAGAGUGGCAGCUCCUGGACUCUGAGCAGAAGGACCUGUACAGGGACAUGAUGAUGGAGACCUACAGCCACCCGGUGUCAGUGGGGUAUCAAGUCAGCAAACCAGAGGCUCUCUCCAGAUUGGAACAAGGAGAAACACUGUGGACAUUAGAAGAUGAAAUCCACAGUCAAACCCACCCAGAAAUUGAGGAAAUUGAUCAUCUGCAGUGGCACUUGCAAAACUAAAAUAUGCUGAAGGCAAUGGAACAGCAUGCAUUUGGAAGUAUUGUUCUGCAGAGCUAAAGUCAUUUUCCUUUAAGGCCAAACGAUAUGUUUGAUUUAGAUGGGAAAACUUUGAAAUCAUAUUUAGAUUUAAUCUACCAGAGUAGAAGCUGUGACAUAAGGGAGCCUGCUGAGUUUAAUGGAGAUGGAAGAUCCUUUCUCCAUGCAAAUCACGAGCAAACUCAUACUGAAAUGAAAUUCCACAAAAGUAGCAAGCCCAUCAGGACUAAGUCACAGUCUCUUAAAAUUCAGGAAACACACAGAAUAGAGAAUGCCUAUGAAUGUACUGAAAGUGGGAAAGCCAUCCUCAAGAAGCCUCAGCUCAUGGAACAUAAGAGAAUUCAUACGGGAAAGAAACCCCAUGGAUGCAGUGUCUGGGAAAACCUUUUCCAAGAAGUUCAACCGGUUCGUUACUGUACUGACCCGAACGUUCCCAAUAUGACGGAGAUGCCAAUAUCACCGAGUCCGCCCUGCGUUUUCCAAAGUGGCUACGCCGCGACGUGGGCCCGGCCCUUUUCUGCGAAGGCCCGACCUGUGAUUGGCUUAGCUCUCGGGUCUGUUCGGAAGACUUCGGCGGCCAGUGACAGGCUACUGAGCAUGCGCAACGAGGCUAACAGCCGCUGGAAUGGCCCUCUCACUCUCCGGUAUUUUCCACCGGGACCAGAAUCGGCGUUUGUAGGUAGAUCGCUCACUUCCAGGGUGUUAUGGAGGCAGUGUCAUAGCGCGAAACUAGCACCAGCCAACAGGGGAGGGGAAGCGGAAGUGGCGCGUCCCCCAGGUCCUCAGGAGCCCCACCUCCAUGACCUCACAAAGGGCCCAUUUCCAAAUAACAUCAAAUUGAGGAUCAGUGUUGCAACAUACGAAUUUGUGGCGCACAAUAAUACAGAGGCUACCCUUGAGGAGAGACACCAGUAUCAGGAUUUCAGGGAAGAUACUGAAAGUGGUGGCCACUUCCUGAAAGCUGUUGAAAUGACUAAGUCCCAGGGCAUAUUGUCGUUCAGUGAUGUGGCUGUAUAUUUCACCUGGGAAGAGUGGCGGCUACUAGACACUGCUCAGAAGAAUCUCUACCGGGAUGUGAUGUUAGAAAACCAUAGCAACCUAAUGUCAUUGGGUUAUCAAGCUACCAAGCCAGAAGCAAUGAUCUACUUGGAAAAAGGAGAAGAACGAGGAAUAGUAGAGAGAAAAUUUCCAAAUCAUUUUAAUCCAGAAAUAAUGUGGCAAGUUUAUGAUUGGUAUCAGGAGGACACUGAGAAGGAUGAACCUGCGGAGAAAGAUCAUGAAAAUUAUGCAUUGGGCAAAAUACUUUCUCUUAGCCAAAACUUUGUUCCAUUUAAAGAAAAAUCCUAUAAAUGUAUCUCAAGAGAAAUAACUUUGGAACAAAAUUCAGAUUCAAAUUUUCAGAGUAAAAACUAUGCGGACAUGAACUCUGAUAAGUCAAAUGGUUCUGGGAAAUCAUUUUUCCAUACUCUACAUGAAACCUCUCACAUUCAUCCCCAGUACUAUGAACCAAAUUUGCAUGUGAAGGUUUUCAGUCUGGUGACAAAUCCUAAAAGACAUCGCAGAAUUCACACAGAGGGGAAACAUUAUGAAUGCAGCGAAUGUCCAAAGUCUUUCAGGUAUAAGUCAAAGCUCAUAAUACACCAGAGAACUCACACGGGAGAGAAACCCUACGAAUGCAAGGAAUGUGGGAAAGCUUACAGUGAGAAGACUAAGCUCAGGUUACAUUGCAGAACACACACAGGAGAGAAACCUUUUGAGUGUAGUGAUUGUGGGAAAGGUUUUAUGCAGAAGUCAAACCUGAUUAUCCAUCAACGAACUCAUACAGGAGAUAAGCCCUAUGAGUGUAAAGAAUGUGGAAAGGCAUUCUGUAGUAAGUCUCAGCUUGUUGUUCACCAGAGAAUUCAUACAGAAAAAUCCUAUGAAUGCAGGAAAUGUGGAAAAGCCUUCACUAAAAACUCACACCUCCUAACACAUCAGAGAACUCACACAGGAGAGAAACGUUACGCAUGCUGUGAAUGUGGAAAAGCUUUUGUAUAUGCAUCACAGCUCAUUGUACAUGAGAGAAAUCAUACCGGAAGAAAACCUUAUGAAUGUAAGGAAUGUGGGAAAUCUUUUAACAAAAAGUCACACCUCAUGAGACAUCAGAGAAUCCAUACAGGAGAGAAGCCAUAUGAAUGCAGUGAAUGUGGAAAAGCUUUUAUAGACAACUCACAUCUUAUUGUUCAUCGAAGAACUCAUACAGGUGAGAAGCCUUAUGAAUGCAGGGAAUGUGGGAAAGCCUUUAAUAAAAAGUCAUCCCUCAUAACACAUCACAGAAUUCAUACAGGAGAUAAGCCUUAUGAAUGCACUGAAUGUAAAAAAGCCUUUAUAGACAGGUCACAUCUCAUUGUCCAUCAGAGAACUCAUACGGGAGAGAAACCCUACGAAUGCAGUGAAUGUGGGAAAGCUUUUAUAGACAACUCACAGCUUAUUGUUCAUCAAAGAAUUCAUACAGGAGAGAAGCCUUUUGCGUGCAGGGAAUGUAGAAAAGCCUUUAGUUAUAAGUCAUCCUUCAUAGCACAUCAGAGAAUUCAUACAGGAGAAAGGCCUUACGAAUGCACUGAAUGUAGAAAAGCUUUUAUAUACAAGUCACAUCUCAUUGUCCAUCAGAGAACUCAUACAGGAGAGAAACCCUACAAAUGCAGUGAAUGUGGAAAAGCUUUUGUACGAAAGUCAGUGCUCAUUGUACAUCAGAGAACACAUACAAGGGAGAAACCCUUUGUCUGCCUUGAGUGUCGAAAAGCCUUUAGCAGUAUGGCAAUGCUCAGUACACAUCAGCUGAUUCAUACAGGAGAGAGGCCCCAUGGAUGCAGUGAAUGUGGAAAAGCUUUCCGCCAAAAAAGCCAUCUUAUUAUCCAUCAACGAUGCCAUAGUGGUGAGAAAUACUAUGGAUGCAUUCCAUCUAGUGAGACCUUCAGCUAGAAUUUACAGCUCAUUAGGCAUCAGAGAUGUCACACAGGAGAAAAACCCUAUCAGUAUACUCUGUGUGAGAAAGCCUUUUGUGUGAAAUCAUACAGCAGUGUCCAUCAGAGAGGUCAUGCAGGACAAAAACCUUACCAAUGUAAUGAGUGUGGGAAUACUUUGUCAAGUUCUUUCUCACUUCACAUGAAAUUCAUACAGAAAAAAAAUCUAUGAAACACAUUAACUGCUGGGAGAUGUUAGCGAGAUGUCAAAUCUCACUGAAUAUAAAAAAAUCACAGAGGCACACUACGAAUGUGGUGAAGGAAUAUUUUUCUAUUACUUUUGACCUCUGCAAGUUUCAGAAAACUUAAUCAGGAGAGAAAUCUUUUAAAUGCAGUGAAUAUAGGAAAAUUAUUUGCCACCACCUUAGCCUCAUAUUUUAUUAGAGAAAGGCAAUAUGUAUGCAUGAGUUGAAAAGUCAAAAUCAUUUUUUUUUUUUUUUGGUUAAUCCUCACCUGAGGAAAUUUUUCCAUUGAUUUUUAGGGA